GUCUUAAGACCAGCUCAUAGAAAGGACAUACAUACAAGCUAAGCAACACAAUAUAUGCAGUCCAAUGCAACAAGGAGUGCACAGACCUUUAUACAAAAACCAAACAACUGUUCUACAAACAGUAGAGCCUUAGGACAUGACAGACCUGCAUCUAGAAGACAAGAAACACUAAUUUGAAGACAGCAAUGUGAAGAAAAAUAAGACUGAUGGUUUUUAGAGAGGAGUGAAGGGGGUGUCUGGACUGAAAUGGAGGAGCCAUCUCUAGACAGAAGGAGGGACCUUCAACACCACUCAUCAGGUACUUAUAGCACAGUAUUGAAUCUUGAGCAUCUUGAGCAUUUUGACUCAUGUGACUCUUGUCUUGUUAAAGGGCUGUAAGAUAUUUGGAGGUGAGAAUAACUACACUGGAAACCUCAUAUCAUACGCCACUGAUCAGUUUCGCUUUUGCAUGAGGACGCUGCCUGGUGUUCGGUCUGUGGAGAAUGCUCCAGAGUCUCUCCUCCAGCCGGGGAUCGUGUCCUUCCCAGCGGGACUAGGAAACCUCUCGACGGACGCAGUUUCAGGAGGACCAGACACCUGAACCGUCCCGAUAAAGAGCCACCAUGGAUCUGUCCUUCAUGGCAGCGCAGAUCCCGGUGAUGACGGGCGCCUUCAUGGACUCAUCUCCCAACGACGACUACAGCACCGACCAUUCUCUGUUCAACUCGUCCGCCAGCGUCCACGCCGCCUCCAUGGCCGCUCACAGCCCACCUGAGGAGAACCAGGCCAUGUCCCGGGACGCCAUUUGGCUCUGGAUCGCCAUCACUGCCACCAUCGGGAACAUCGUGGUGGUGGGCGUCGUGUAUGCGUUCACAUUCUGAGGGGAGCCUGGACGACUGACACCAUGUGGAAAUCAUUUAUGACUGGCUAAAGACAGUGGCUCUCUGCUGAGUGGGUGACUCAUCAAAUGUAAUUUUGUCUAGUCACUAAAGAAACAUCAGCAAAAUUACCCAGCAGUCAUCAGUCACAAAGCACUCAAAGUCAAAAUGAACUCCAGCCAGUGAAGCGUGGAAGAGUGAGGGGAGAAAGUAUAUAUUUUGCACAAAACAUGUCCUUGAAAAAAAGUCUUUCUGUCUUUUUUAUGUGCUUUGAGAUAGGAUUAUUUCGUCUUUAAUGGCCUAUAUAUGCCUGUGUAAAGUGUUUGCUUACAGUGUGUCACUCCCUGCACAGUGUAUGUAUAUCAGUUUUGGAGAAGCAGGUUGAAACUGUGAGGAGGCUCUGAAGCUCUUCAGAGAAACGUUGUGAUCCUCUAUGAAACACCAGGGUAGUGUGCGUGUGUGAUACUAUUUUGUUACAUUACGAAUUUUGACGAUUUCACUUUUCAAACCCUCCCAGAAAUUUGUAAAUGUGUCACUAGUUUGCGUAAGCAGUGCUUGAGAAAUGCUUUUUGUGAAACUAACUCCUCUAUCUCAUUCGUUAUUGUGCACAACAAUGUGUAAAUAUGUAAAAUAUAACAUUCGACCGGAGUGAAAGCGCUUACUGUGUUGAAUGGAUGGGUGGAUAAGAUAGUGAUUAUGAGAGAAACAAACUGAACACAGCUCCCUUCUGAAUAUCUUCUAUUAAUAUACCUUCUGUUUAAUCUGAUUUCUCUUUUAAAAAACAUGUUUACGUCCUAGUUUCUGUGCAGUAUCAGAGUUAACAGCACUCAGAGAAUGCAGUACUCCACCAAGGCUGUUCAUUCCUCCAUACAGCAUUGUCAGAAAUGCAGCAUAUUUUUGUAGAAAUGCAGCAUUUUUUUUAUCAGUUAUUGAUGAUCAGAAAUCACAGCACUAUAGAAUGUGGGCAUUUCAUAUAGAUGCACCCUCAAACAAAAUGACGUUGAGCUGAGCACAGGCGUGUGAUAUGCAUGUGUACGUUAUGUACGGAUACCAAAUCCGAAAUAUGUAGCAGGCGGCGGGAAUUGAUCGGAAACACCCCUACAAUUUAAACAAUUGUUCCUUGUAUCAUAUCUGACAGAUAAGUCCCGAUAAGUCUGCAGCAGUGGAUUUGUAGUAGGAUCACAAUCAUGUGAUCUUUAGCAAGCAGAACGUCACGUUUACUUGCUGUCAUAGUAACAGUGAUGCCGUGCUGCUAUCUCGCAUUGGGAGAUCCUUAACAAAUCCAUGGAUCCAGACUAUAAGCCACAUCACUGCCAAAAUCUAAUCACUUGGUCCUUGUGUCAUUUCUGACUUCCCCUGAAAAUUUCAUCCAAAUCUGUUGAUCCUUUUUUGAGUAAUGUUGUGCACGCCAGUCGUCACAUAACUCCUUGGUGGAGUAAUGACGAAAUUAUAAUUGGAACACUUCAUAAUGAAAUAGCAUUGUGAAACACACAGCUGUAGCAGAUAACACUGUACAUAAAGUCUAUAGUGUUGCUUAUUUCUAAACCUUUGUCACUAGCCUGUGAGCCUUGCCUGAGGGCAAACAAACCCCGGAGGGAAGGUAUGAAGCAACAGUUAAAUGUUGUAGCGGUUCACUAAGCUGAAAACCUUCAUUUUAUGUUGUUUAUUUCUAUGCUAUCUUGUUUGUGUAAAUUGUUGUAAAUGCACAGAGAUUCUUGUAUAGAUUAAAGGCAUUUAGAGACUCAUAUAGCUUUGGGGUACAGCUUCACAGCUCAUGUAGAUUAAUUACUUUUGCAAAUGAUUUAGAUGCAACUGUGUGAUUAAAAAACCCUCAUUAAUUACAUGGCUUGUUCUUGCCAAUUAAAAAAAAGAUUACUUUUGACUUGUCAUGUCAUUAUCAGGGUUUUAAAUGAAGACACGACACCAGGCCUGGACAUAUUAUGUGCUCUAAUGGGAGAUUACUUCCACAACGUUUCACACAACUCCAAACAACAAUCAAUCAAAGUGUAAAACAAGGAUUAAAGGUGGAGUCUGUGAGAGAUUGUUCAUAAAUAAAAUGUGCCAGGUUUACCUUCGA